CGCGGUUCGUCGUUACAGUCCGGUCAUUUCGAAUCAGCACGCUGUCGGUGCGACUAGUGCAGUUUUUUCAUAAUAUUAUAUUAUAUUUACGAUAUGAGUUAAAAUUGUAUUUUGAGAUUGUUUUAUCUAACGCAUAUUUUAUUCUAUACGGCUAUAUACUAGUAGUUCAGUGGAAGUAACAAGUGAUCAUCACAGUUAACGAUCGAAAGUAUCAAGGAUAUAUACCUAACACCACCGUCCAUCAUGUUCGUUCCUUUACUUAUAUUCGUGUCGUUAACGGAUGUUUUCGGUUAUUAUUUAGCUGAUUUGACUAUACCUAAAAACCUGCACGAACAGUCGGAAAACAUUUACGAAAAGUGUUUGUCAAUGAACAAAAUUUUCUACGGAGACAGUUGUUGGGACUUGUUGACUAAAGGACCGUGCGAUGAGGGACAGUGGUUGGUAUUGGACAGAGGUCAGACAGAGUCAGACAGAGCCCAACUGCGGGAGCAGCGUCCGUCGAGGGCCAAGUGCGCGAGACGCCGAUGCAGCGAGUCAGACGUGUACUGGCCCCGGGACGGGUUUUGCCACGACGAGGAAUCUGCCCGGCGCGACCGGUUGUGCGCCAGCUCGGACACCGUGUUGGCCACCGACGAGUACGGCGAAGGGUACUGCAAGUGUCACGACGGUGGCAAAGUCCCCUACGUGCAGGUCGUGUCCGCCGACGACGACGGUAACCAAGACUCGCAGCCGUGCUAUCCGGUAUAUUCUAAAGGCGCGUGUCCCAGAAAUCACGUGCUAACACCCCACGGGACCAGGUACGGAAUCUGCACGGUGGACGAGUGCGCCAAGGAACGCCGCCUGACCGAUUCGUCGUCACCGUCGCUGCAGCUGUCGAGUUCGGAGCAACAACGACGACAGGCAGUCUCGCUCGCCAAGUGGACUGACGGACAGUGUUACGAACUGGGCACGCGGGGCCCGUGCACCGGCCACGAGCAGUUCGCUGUACUCCGCGCCACGAUGAGGCCGGAUUGUGUCAGGCUGUCCGUCGAGCUAACAGUAUUACCCAAGACCACGGACCGUCCGGGGUGCAAGACCGACCACUGGGGAAAUUGCGAGGAAGGGGUGGAAGUGUCGACGGCGCCGAACGAAUUAAAAGACGCAUUGCUUAAGAACGCCAAAAAGUUCAGUCAAAGGGCGCAAAUAAGGCGAGCUAGCAUGCUCGAGGUACGUCGCCGUCUGUUGCAGUGGUAGCCAUCGCGUAUAGGUUAACCUAUACCUAUAUCAUGUAUACACUAGCUGUUUGACCAAGCGUGGUGUAAGUAGGUAUUGAAGAUUUUCACAAGUGGGUAGGAGGGAGUUGGAGAUUAAGCGUGACAAUGGCCGUCGGAUAAAAAAGUAUUUUCUACUAGAUAUAUUAUGCGACAAAAUAGAAUUUAAAUUUAAAUUUUUUAAUUAAUUUAUCUAACAAUAAUUACCUACAAUAUUAUACAGAUAUCUUUAUACAGAACACAAAUUAGUUAUAACACUACAUUUUAUAAAAACAACUCCACAUAUUAUAGUCUUCUAUUUAUGUUAUGGCAGAGUCGGCCUUGGAUAGGGGCCAGUGGGGCCCGUGCCUUGGGCCUCGUACAUUUGUAUGACAUUUCGGGCUUCACAUUAUAUACAAAAUUAUAUUGUGAAGUCUGGCCUAAAAAAAUUGACCCAGGCCUCGCUACACCUUAAUGCCGGCUCUGUGUUGUGGUAUAAUCCUUACCUAUUCCUCCUAAAAGCAAUGGUAUAUAGCUUUACACUAUUUUACAUUUCAACAUUUGUACCUAUAUUAUGAUCUCCUGCGCCCAAUAAGCGUCCAUGUCCGACGAGCGUGAUGGCGACGUUGCUUGCUGUUGGCAAAUGGUCGGGACUCGGGACCACCAAUAAUAUUAAAAUGAACCUAUUCUACAAAAUAUGCUAUGAUAUUAUAUAUUUAUACAAUCCAAUGAUUUUAGACUUGAGUUUUGUCACUAAUAUUAUAUGAUUAAAAUCUUGCGUGUUCCACUAUUUUAUACAUCCUAUAGCAUAUAUAAGUGUAUAACCUACUACCGCUCAGGCUUACCGAUGUCUUAUGCAAGCUCAGUCUAUUUAGUUAGAUAAUAAUAGCGAUCUAUAUACUCUAUAGACUAUAAUUAUUAGUUGACACCAAACGCGAUACUAUUCAACACUGUAUCAUUGUGCGGCUGUGCGCUACCUAUUAUUAUCCCUCGAGCCUUUAUACUGUAGGUCGUCCUAUCAUAGAAUAUCAUUGACUAAGAAAGCUGUAAAACUAUAACAAAAUACAAUAUUAUACACGUUGUAAACGGGUGAAUUUUUACUAUUAUGUAAAAGAUACCCCUUCCGUCACGCAUGUUUGGUAUGUUUAUUAGUCUACACACAGUGGUAAAGUGUGAUUUUAUGAACACCAGCAGGGCUAUAUUAUCUGGAAAGAUUUAUGCGAUUUCAUUAAUGCGAUUGGGUUUUCUCAUUUUAAAAAAUAAGUAGGUAGGUAUACCUACGAAUAUUUAAUCACAUUUAGUAUAAUUUUUUUACUUUUUAAUAUAAUUAGUAUAAUAUUAAUAUAAAUUUAUACUUUUUCAUUUUUUUUUUUAAAAUUUUUUUUUAUUUAUAUAUUCUACAUCUUUAGACCUUUUGCUAUUAUUAGUUACAAAUAUAAAUUUAGUUAAAAAAAAUAAACGAAUUUAAAAUAACUGGCAUUAGCAUAUUAUUAUUAUUAUUAUCAUUAUUAUUAUUACUACUAAGUUUUUCUAUUCGUUAAAAUUAAAAUGUUCAAGUCGUUAUUUUUCGGUUUAAAUAAUCUUCCAUGUACAAUAAUAUUAUUAUAUAUUACACAUCUAUACAUAUUUAAUAAUGUUAUAUAAGUAAAAACAUAUUGUCUAAUUGUUAUAUAGGUAUAUUGUAAUAUAGGUACCUUUAUUAUUACAAAAGUAUAGAUUUAAUAACAUGGCGUGUCACACGAGUACACGACACACAGAUAAAAUAUAUAGCAAAUAAUUCGCAUAUUUCUUCUAAAUACUUUUAUAUGACGAUUUAUUAACCAUGUUUUUUUCGUGUAUGAUUUAUACCUAUUAUGUUUAAUAAAUAAAAUGAGAUAUACCUAUAGCUUUUUAA